CCUCACCCUACAUUACGUCACCGGGACCUGUGCGCUUGUCGAUCGCAGUGUAUUAUGGUGAUGCAGCUCCUCAGAAACUGAAGCAUGCACUUGCAGGACGCAGCGGACAGACGACUGCUUUGGUUUAACAUCUGCAACUAAAACAGUACAGGUAAACAAAAAUAAAAAUAAAUAAUAAACAAACAAACACUCACACCCAGAGGAGGAAGAGAACAGGCCUGGCUGACUGUUUAUCUGUGCGUGCAGAGCAGCAGGGGCGAGCCGGUGCAGGAUCAGAUAACGAGGUGUCAUCACACACACAACACGAUGCUGGGCUGCUCGCUGCGAGGAGGCUGCAGUCCUCUGGUCUUCCUCUGGGCCCUGCUGCUGCUUCCGCCUCUGGUUUCCCCUCAUAGCUUGAAUGAGCAGCAUGGGAGCAGAAGCCACAGUGUGAAGGACAAGCCCAAGCUGCUUCUUGUGUCCUUCGACGGCUUUCGCUGGGACUAUAUCGAUCGCGUCCCGACGCCUAACUUCCGCCUCCUCAUGGAUGAAGGGGUGACGGUGGAGCAGGUGGAGAACAUUUACAUCACCAAAACGUUCCCCAACCACUACACCCUGGUGACAGGCCUGUACGCCGAGACGCACGGCAUUGUGGCCAAUGAGAUGUACGAUCCCACCCUCAACCGCUCUUUCUCCAUUGAGACGGAGAGCAUUUAUGAUCCGCGGUGGUGGGAGGAGGCGGUGCCUCUCUGGGUGACCAUCCAGAAAUCUGGAGGCCGGAGUGGGGCUGCAAUGUGGCCUGGGUCUGAUGUGAAGAUCCAUGGCAUGUUCCCCUCCCAGUUCCUCCCCUACAACUCCUCAGUCUCCUUUGAAACCCGAGUGGGGCGGAUUAUUGACUGGUUCUCUGCACCUAAAGAGGACGCGGUGGAUUUUGGAGUCCUGUAUUGGGAGGAGCCCGAUGAAAGCGGCCACCUCCUGGGCCCUCAGAGUUCCCUCAUGGAUGCAGUCAUCGCCGGGAUCGACGAGAAGCUCGGCUUCCUCAUAAAUGAGCUAAAGAAAGCCGGGUUGUUUGAGAAGGUGAACCUGAUAGUGACCAGCGACCAUGGGAUGACGCAGCUUUUCGCUGAUAACAUCAUAGAACUGGAUGAGUAUGUCAGCAGGGACCUGUACACUUUGGUGGAUAGGAGUCCGGUGGUGGGGAUUCUGCCCAAAGAAGGGAAGCUCAGCGAGGUGUACGACAAGCUGGUGGAUGCAAACCCCAACAUGAUGGUGUACAAGAAGGAGGAAAUCCCCACGCGCUUCCACUAUCAGCACAGCGUCCGCAUCAUGCCCAUCGUCUUAGAGGCCAAGGAGGGCUGGACCAUCAUGCAGAACAGGAGCGGGCCCUUCAUGUUGGGAAACCACGGCUAUGACAACACCCUGCGCAGCAUGCAGCCUGUGUUUGUGGCCCGUGGACCAGCCUUUCGCCAGGAUUAUGUGAAAACCACCAUGCGCUCAGUCGAUCUUUACCCUCUCAUGUGCCACAUCCUGUCUAUCCGGCCUCUGCCGAACAACGGCUCCCUUGCCAACGUUCAGGACCUGCUGUCCCCGGACUCGGCUCCACCCGCUCCCAGCGCUCCUCCCAGGGUCGAUGAGUACUCCUACGCCCCCGUCGUGGGCUCUUUCCUGAGCGUGGUGAUGGUGUUGGGCUUUUUGGUUGUCUACGUCCGAGAAGUGACGCUCAAACAGCUGCCCUCGCUAAAGCACAGACGCAGGGAGAUGUCGCAGCCUUUACUGCAAGAGGACUUGCACCUGUAGCUGGAAACAGGAAGGAUAGCCCACAUAAAAGAAGAGGAGGUAAUGCUCCCCAAGGUAGCCCGCUCUGUCCAGAAGCAUCCCUGAAAUGCCUCCUUCACACCGCUGUUUGUCACUGUGCUGCUCUGUUCUGAGCUUGUCUCCAUGUACAGAGUUUUGCCUUUAAGUAUGAAGGAAAUGUGCAGGGUUUGCUUCUGGAUCAGGCUUGAUCAAGAUAUUAAACCUGUUACAUGGGCUUCUAGUGGCUUUGCUUUGAUUGUGAAUUUCACCUGAUUUCAUCUCAUCAUUUUCAUCGUCACUCAUAAUGCAAAAGAUUUAAAGCAAAGAGUGAAAGUAGAACAUGUGAUUCUGAUCCUUUGGUGGCUAAAAUUGUGACGGGGAUAAAGUGAGGACACUUCAUAAAAAGGGUAGGACGCAAUAAUUCUUUUUAAAGGGGGUAUAAGUGCGCACACUUUAGACAAUCUUUCUCGAUGGCAUUCAUGGUGUUGCAUUCAUCUGUGUGUAGGAAACGUGUGGAAAAAAAUUCAACUGAGAAGAAAAGAGUUGAAAUUCUACCUAAGGUAUCAGUCAGUUCCUCCACUCGAGCACUGAAUUAACCUGUGAUCAAGCUUAAGUAUUUAAAACUCACCUCACUUUUUCUUGGAAUUAGAUGUUACAGUUAAGGCUAUACUCCUCAUAUGUAUCCAUGAGCCAGUCACUCCUCUGCCAUGCUCUUUACUAGUCCGUUACCAUUUGCCUUUUACCUUAAAAUGGAGAACAGCUCUCCAAAGUGUGCAAUCAUGUGUGUGUCAGUCCAUUUUUCUGUGAAGAUGACCGUGUGCUAAGCUCAUCCUCAUGUGUUGACUGUCAUAACCAUGGUCAUUUGUUGGUGAACAUGUGAAGUGCAGUUGCUAUUGGUCAGUAUUCUGUCGUUAGGAUUUUAAGGGUUUUCGUUGUUGUUUGCUUAAGUCGACUAUUUCAGCCUGACUUGCAAGAACUGUUCCUCUGAUUUGCACUACAGGACAGAAAUGAAACAGUAUGAAAGAGGCGGCGGUAGAACGCGUUUUAGGUCAUGUAUUAUUUGCACUUCUUAUUCGUAGUUGCUAUUUGACACAUUCAAAAUGUUAGGUGCCUCUUGCCAAAAAGCUUUUGGAUCAACAUAAUCGCAGACAGUCUAGUAGAAUCCAGAUCACCCGUUUAAUUAUUCUGCUUUUGUUUUUCAGCAUAUUUUAAUUCUGCUGUUAGAUGCAUCAACUAAAACCUGUGCCCAAAAAUGACAGACAUCACUGUGACUAAUUCCUUUUUACAAAUUCAUAAAUUGAAAGUAUUUUAUGGAAAAGGUUAAUUUUCUGAUAACUGUCUUGUUUUUGGAAAGAAAAGUGUUGUCUGAUAAUUUUUUUCCCCCUUAAGAGAAAUUAAAUCUGUCCAUACUAUAUUUAAAUAACGUACUUGAAAUAGUUAGAAAACAUUAACUAUCAGGUCUUUAUAACCAUUUAUUUGAAAUAUGGAUACUGAUAUGAUUUAGAGAUUAACUAUGUUUGCCAUGUUGAUCAUGUUGAUGCAAUUAAAGACUUCUGAAAAUAAAGGGACUAAAGAGAAGCUAAA